AUGAUUUAAGACCAAUCUUUGAUCACUUUUGAUUAUCGCAAUCAAAAGUUUGUAUUAUCUCCAGAAAAAGGUUCGACUUCAGUUAGGCUUGAGUUUUAUACUACUGAUUUUAAAAAUGAAGAAGUUUAUUUGCAGCUUUCUGAUUUAAUCUCUAGUACCAAAGACCAAAUUAUAAAAUCUUUUGAUUUCUUAAUCUACCCAAAUUUAUCUGCAGAAAAAUAUUUUGGAGAUAAAAACUUAUCGUAUCUUAGUAAAGCAUUGGCUUAAUAGUAAAACCUAAACUCUUUGAAUUUAAAUCUUUAUUGCAAUUAAAUUGGAGAUGUAGGUGCUUCUUAAUUUGCUGAGUCUAUAGCGAAAUUAAAUAGUCUUACUUCUAUUUCUAUUAACUUUGGGAGAAAUUCUAUAGGACAUUUAGGGGCGUAAAAGCUUGCUGAGUCCAUAAAAACUUGUGAAAAUCUUUCUGAUUUAGAUCUAAACUUUGAUGAAAAUCCAAUAACUGAUUAAGGCGUUAUAGAACUCAGUAAAGGAAUAUGUUAGUGUAAAAAACUUACUUCCUUCAAAUUGUCUUUUAGAUAUAUGACACUUACUGAUAUUUCUGUUGCUUUGCUUGCUGAAAGCAUAGGAAAAUGCUAAAACCUUAGAUUUUUAAAAAUUUUCAUACCCGGAAACAUAAAUAAUUAAGCUCGAAAUAUUACUAAUUUAAGUAUUUCUAAGUUUGGAUAAUCAAUCGUGUAAAGCUAAAAUUUGAUUUACUUUCAUUUAGACAUUAGUGCUUAAAAUAUCGGCGAAAAUGCAAUAUUAGGUUUAGGAAGGUCUAUUUCUUAAUCAUAAUCAAUUGUAGAAUUUAUUCUUGAUGCAAGUUCUGAGCCUAAUUUGGUUUCCAAUCAAGGUUUUAUGUAUUUUAGAAAGUAAUGUUUAUUGAGUAAAAAAAUACUCAAGAUGCUAAUUUAUCUCUGA